GAUACGAUCACGAUCGUGGUCGAUUGGAGGAACAUCGAAGACGGCUCCGUAGGCCACGGCGUGUACACCAGCAGCUGGGUGGCGCCGAAGUCGGACGUGCACUCGCAGCAACGCUGGUUCUAUAUGGGCCAGCAGGGCGAGGUCACAGUGGACCAGGCCCACCGCGGCUACUUCGUGGCGCAGGAGGGCGCGCCCUUCGCCUCGGUCAACCCGCUGUUCUGGAAGCCGACGCCGAGCGACGGCAAGUUCAAGGGGCAACGCAC